CCUUCCUUGAUUUUAGCCACCGGAUAAAUCUUUUUCCGCAGGGAGUCGCCAAAAUUUCCUUCCUCCACUUCCGCGACACAGUGUCCAAAUGUCCGCUGUAUUCCCCACAUCAGCCGUAGUUUCCAAUGGAUUUAUUAAGAUUGGCUGCUUGAAAUCCAAAGGAAUUGCUUAUUCCAAUUCCAAUUUCCGCUUUGUUGCUUGUAAAAUUCCAGGGACAUUUAUGAAAAAUAUACAUCCAAGCUUGGGUGAUUCAUGUAUUAAGCUGAAAUCUACUUCCCUAAAGUGUGUGAAACCUACUGAUGAGUCCUUUUUUGAAGACAAUACUAUAAUUACUGAUUGGGAGGAUCAAGAAGGGGAAAUUGAAGAGAUGAGCUCACCUUGGGAAGGAGCAAUAAUUUACAAGAGGAACUCUUCUGUUUCUCAUUUGGAGUAUUGCACAACAUUAGAGAGGCUUGGAUUGGAAAAGCUUUCGACUGAUGUCUCGAAAUCUCGAGCAUCCGAGAUGGGACUAUAUGUGACGAAGGCUGUGAAAGAUUAUCCAUUUGGAACUCCUGUUCAAAUCUCUGUUGAUGUUACGAGGAAAGAAAAAAAGCUGAGGCUUGAUGGUAUAGUUAAGACUGUCAUCACUCUCAAUUGUUAUAGGUGUUGCGAACCCGCUGCUGAAUGUGUUUUCUCAAACUUCUCAAUUUUACUAAGCCAAGACCCGAUUGACGAACCCGAGGUCAUAAACGUUGGAGUCAUCAACGGGCAGGAUAUGUUCAAGACAUAUGAUGGAUAUGGCGACGAAGAUGAUGAAGAGUCGAUUGAUUUGGAUGAUCAACUCUAUUUUCCUCUGGGAGAGAAAGAAAUAGACAUAUCAAAGAACAUAAGAGACCUCUUGCAUCUGGAAAUUACUUUGAAUGCGAUAUGCGAUGCGGGAUGCAAAGGUAUGUGUCUGAAAUGUGGUAUAAAUUUGAAUACUGGAAGCUGUAACUGUAGUAAGCAGGAUGUAAGGAAGAACGAUUUUGGUCCUCUUGGAAAUUUGAAAAGGCAAAUGCAGAAGAACUCGUAAUAGUUGAAUGCAGAUCAUGAAUGCUGAGCUCAUUUACAACCA